GCUUUUAUUUUGAAAACACACCGCAUCGGGAAUGUGUGGACAGCUACUUCCGCUAAGCUUGUCAGUGUCUAAAACUGAUGUACUGAGGCAGUCUGUUCAAGCUUUUAGGAUCCGCAGAGUCAACUUUCUCAUCCCUCAGAAUCAACCCCCAAACAUUAUCAGCACUCAUGGAUUCACCAGCAACCCCGCAGCCAGUCAUAUGUGAGGUCUGUGGUACGUACUUCGAGACACGGCGAGGGCUCUCCAGCCACGCCCGCCUCCAUCUACGGCAGCUCGGUGUGACGGUGUCAGAAAGCAGCGGUGCUCCCAUUGAGCUCCUCUACCAGCUCGUCCAGGAGAGAGGUGACUCUCUCCCUGAUAUCAAAGCAGACUCCUCUGUACCUGGGACGGCCCCUCUCAAAAAGACAUCGAAGCAGGAGUCCAGGACACCUUCAGCACCAGAGGACAGGAGUGACUUCUUAAAAGCAGGCAGUAGAGUCAUGACAACUCCGCAAAAGAUGCAUCAACAGGAAUCUCCAGCCAGACUGAAAGAGUCACCAAUUGCUCUCCUCCACUCGCCCCCCUCUGGUCUUAGGCUGGGGGAGUCAACAACAAGUGAAGGCAGCAGCUCAUCAUCAAAGCACAAAACCACAGCCAAGCCAAUGUGGGCGCCGCUGGCGACUGACGCCCCCAUCACCUUAGCUUCAGACACUAACAAUGAGGUCCAUGUGUGCCAACUUUGUGGCUGCUGGUACGGGACACGCAAAGGCCUGUCCGGUCAUGCUCGGGACCAUCUCCGCCAGAUUGGGAUCCCUGACAGGGACGUUAAGGGCAGCCCGAUUGAUUUGCUUUACAAGAUCAUGGAGGAGGAGGACCUCAAGCCCAUCAGCAGCGCGAAACAGGAGGAGCUCACCUCAAACGAUCCCCCUAGACCCUCCUCUAAACGACCCUCCAAUCAAUCCUCUCCACCCAGCAAGCAGCGUAAAUCAUCAGAGGACUUUACCUGUAUUCUGUGCGGGGAGGAGUUUGAGAAUCGCAAAGGCCUGGCCAUCCAUGCACGCGCUCACCUGCGUCAGAUCGGAGUGGUUGACCUGCAGGGGAAAAUCUCUGCGAUUGACACCGUCCAGGAACUGGUCAGCAGUGGCAUGCUAGAAGCCACACACCCUCCCAAAACAUCUGCAGCACUAUCUCCAGCCCCGUUUGCCUCCACAUCGCUCUCCUCAAGCCCUGCAAAAUACACCAGGUCUCCUGUUAACAGGGCCCCAAAGGCUAAGAAAGGCUUUCGGCUAGCAGUGGACCCCCUUCAUAGGAAGCCCAAGCCUGAGCCUUUGGAGAUUGAGGUGUCUGUUCAGCCGAAGGGAUCCAGCACUAACAGCAACUCUCCCACGCAGAAGUCCACUGCUGCUUCAAAGCCUGCCAAUGCAGUGUCCUCCACAGAUGUACAAUCCACGCCAACAGUUCUUUGUGAUUUCUGCGGCCAGCUGUUUGAGACUCGCAAAGCCCUGUCAUGCCACGCCCGUGCCCAUCUGCGCCAGCUCGGCCUCAGCUGGUCGAUCAAAACCUCGCCGAUCGAUCUCCUCAAAGAGGUCAUGAUUCAUGGUGAAGAAGGCAAGAAAGGGUCAUCAGGCAAAGCCACGUGGACCCCUCAAGGCUCCAGAAGGUCCCUGGACAGCCUCCGGUCAGGGGAACCAGCCACCAACCCUUCCACCUCACCUCUUGAUUAUUCCAUGAAAGAGAAAUCCCCCCCUGGCAAGAGUGGAGCCGCACACCCCGACGCAUCCUGUGAGCUUUGUGGGUUUGAGUUUGAAAACCGCAAGGCGCUGGCCAGUCACGCGCGGGCCCACCUCCGACAGCUGGGAAUUAUUGAAUGGAAGGUAGAUGGAGCUAGUUCGCCAAUUGACCUCCUCAGUGAUUUGAUGCGGAGGGACCCAGCCAAGGUAGCAGCAAUAACCAGACGCUAUCGUAUGGGAGACCUUUACAUCAAGAAGUCCCAGAGAGGUGCUGCGUCGCCCUCUCGGUCCACAGACUCUGACUCUGUCCCCGGCAGCAGCCUGAAGCCUUCAGUGGGCAGAGAGAACUUAGGCGUAACUGCCGGCUCAUCCAGACACUCUCACAGCCACAUACGGACUAUUGCAGCCCACGGCACCCCCAGUGUGCGCUUCCCAAGGGGGGUCCAUCCACCAAAACAUGUUGUGCCUUCAGGGGAAGAAAAUCAGGACACCAAUCCCCAGCAGCCAUCACGGUCUGGCAGCAUCCCCGCUAUGCUGCCAAAGCCUCCGCUAACACCGCUGGUCAAACUGGUGGGCAAAGUCUACUCCCUUCAGUGCAGGUUCUGUGAAGAAGUGUUUCAUGGACCUCAGUCUGUUCAAGAGCGGUGGAUCAUACACCUGCAGAAACACAUCCUGUCGCUGGGCUACAAAGGCAAAGCAUCUCCUCCUGCUGCACCAGUGGCAGCUCCAGCACUUGUCCAUCCAGUAGCUGUCUAGUCCACAAAGUCUUUCUGCAAUGCACAUUAAACAUCAUUUUAUUUCCAACUUCAUCAUUUAAAAAUGUCACAACAAAGUCGAGAAGAAGUCUUUGUGUCUAUUUUGAGGCAACAGAUCAGUCAGAAACGUGCAAAUUAGAUGUUCCUUUUUUGUCCUAAAGAGGGCGAGCUUGAGCCAUAUGAGGGAGCAGCAGCAGAAGGUAAUCCACUCAGGUAAAAUCCACCCCAAACAAUAGAUCACAAUUCUGAUCACUGGAAGUUUUUAGAAAAUAUCCAAAGAUAGUUCAGCCCUCAUUUUGAUGGUCAGUGCUUUCUUCCUGCUCAUCAAUCCUACCAUUUGUUUAGAUGUUGUAAAUGUGUUGGAAUGCCAUUCAAUAUUUGUCAUCAGCACGUUUCAUGUCCCAUACGGAUAGGACGAUCCUGGUCAAUGAUUUUCACUUUUUGUUUUUGUCCUACUGAGUAGACUGGUGUGGUCGCCAUUUCACUGUGAUAUAGUUCAUCUCCUUUAUAUGCUUAUGAAUUUUAUGUAUUUUUAAGUAUUUUUCUAUAAAUCUGGAUUGAUUAAAUAAUGAUAGAAGAAAGUUAGACGCAAAAUUUGUACCCAACUCGUGACAACUUUGUUGAAAAAAAAAAAAAAGGUUAUCAUUAAUUUAAUCAAAGCCUCAGCCGUCUUGACCAUAGAGACACUGUGUUCCCGUUAUUGCCAUUUUCUUCGGGUAUAACUGCAAGUUUAGUUUUUGUAUUAAUUAUUUUCUAUUGUCAAUGUCUGUGAAAGGAUUGUAACUUUAAAACUCCCUGACUUUCUCGGUUGCCUAUAACAGCAUGUGGACUGAUUUCUAUGUAGAGGACCCAGGACAGGUUUUUCAAAGGCAAUUCCCCCCCCCCCCCCUAUACUUCCGGUGCCUUUCCUCGGGGUGUUAUCUACCAGACCGAAAGGCAACGCAGAUUUCGGUGCCACUUAAAUGUCUGCGCUGCCCCUCUGGUGCUCUGAAACAGACCUAACGGACAAAGAAGCGUUAUACCUGGCAGCAGGUAACGCUAGCCUACCGUUAGCUACUAGCUGGCUUAAACGCUGUUUAAAUGCUUAAAGCUGAACUGUCUAAAGUGUAGCUGUAUUUUACUGCAAAAGGUUUCCAACAGCAGGACGUGCAGCUGUCUGCAGCUAAAGACACAGUGUAGCCUAGCUGCACUUUUUGAGACACCAUGGCCACUGCCGGAGUUGGAGAAUCAACACAGACUGGGCUUAAUGGUGCAUUCACUUGCACCUUGUAAAAUCAUGGUGCAUUCAUGUGCAGCUCCAGAAACUUAACCUAUUGUUGUAAAUUACCUUUUUGCCAUCUACUGUUGUUUACCAGCAAUUGACUUGUGAAAUAAGUUUUUGUAUUUCAAAUAAAUUAUUUAAAUGAAUUUUUAAUUUUAAUCAAUGGACAAAUAAUUACAAACAACCUGCACUUCACCAGCAGCCACAGUACUCUGUGUAAGACUCCGAUAAUAUAGAUAGUUUCUCCAUAUAGCGGUUUCCAAAACAAGCCAAUAUAUUAAACAAUGUAGUUCAAGUUGCUUGUUUUAGACAUAAAACUCUGCCUGUGUCAGAUAGAUGCUACAUAACUGACCACUUGUGAAAAGAAACUCCAAAUUCAAUUUUCACUUUCCUUCUCAUGUAAAACCCUGUCAUUGUUGUGUCUCAGGCUUGGUUAACAUUUCAAACUUCAGACCAGAAUCUAAUUCCCCCCCUCCCUCCCCUCCCCUCAUGGAAGAAUGUGUGAACAGCACUGUUUUGAAUAACUGUACAUUUCUCCAGUCUUCGAUGCAGAUUGCUGCUUUUCUGAUGGUGCCUGUGAAUCCUAAAAAAAAAAAUUCCUUUGUUUACACAUUCCUUGAAAACCUGAAGGCUUAAUGUUCCUUCUCUGCCAUGUUGCAUUAUAAUCACAUCUCCCCUUUGUUUAAACAACCUCAUGCUCACAGUCAGAUAAGAGAUCACUUUUCACACAGCAUCAUUGUCUUGAAAAUGUGGAAGUCAUGAAAAUAAAAAAGAAGCACAUUCACCAUCAGAUUUAUCACCGUGACCUCACCACACAACUAUGUGUUUCUGUACUCCUCAGUCCGAAAAGGGUUUCCAUUUCAUAGACAUCAUAUUGUUGAUAAGUGUGUCUUGAUGCUAGCAGUGACUUCUUUAUUUAUUUUUUUUCUGUUGAUAAAUACAGUAUAUAAGUGUG